AUGUUCUAUCCUAUUCUGGUUUAUAUUAUUUGCCUAGCAUAUCCUAUUCAAGCAGAUAAUAAUGAUGAUGAUCCUCCGUAUAAUGUUCAAUUCGCCAUAAAUGAUCAUUUUGCUAUUUUAGCUCAAAAUGAAUUUCAACAGUUCAUUUUUAUGAAAAGUCCCUACAAUGGAUUAUCGACUAUGUGCAAAUUGACAUAUUUUAGUAUCAGCGACUCAAGAAUUGCAUCAAGUGAUAGUGAUAUCCUUGCAACAGUUUAUAGUGUAACAAUUGGCUGUCACCAGAAUACCAGUAGUCUCAUAUUUGCUGCGUAUGGUAAGACACUUGUGCGGGAACAUAGAUAUUUAGUAACUGUAGUAAUGGAAAUGACUGAUACUUCGGAUUGUCCGGAUGUUGUUCGUUCUAUUCAGUUUGUGCCAACUAUUGGCAUAGACGUAUUUCUCCAAGGAUCGAAUAGAGAUUCAAGUUCAGGAAUGAUAAUGAACUGGCCAUUGAUGGAUAUCGAUUCGUUUGGUUCACAUGUUUACGCGUUCUCAUCUGGAUGUAUUCUAAAAUUGAACAUUUUCGAUUCUCUGGCGAUUGGAGAGCGUAUCGUGGAAGAAUAUAUGUUUGAGUGGGGAUUUUUUGUAAAAGCAUCUCAGGUCUUGACAGUAGAACGUUUAUUUGUUGCUGUUUAUGAACAUCAUUUUGGACAUGCACGAAAUUUUUGUGGUCAAUCAGUAGUAUGGAUUGAUGAAGAUAAAUAUGCGAUUCUUUGUCUAUCUCUUUCUACUCUACCAUGGUCGAGUUCUCAAGUGCAGAUUUAUUCUUAUCAAGAUUUACAUCAACCCAAGAAAUUACUUUAUACUUUUCCGAAUAAUCAACAAGCGAUUGAUCCGUUAGUCAUGUCUCAUUUGCCUCCAUAUGAAUUCCAUAGUAUUUCAUCAUGGACAUCGGGACUUGUUGUUGCUCUAGAUGUUGAAAUUGGUCUUAUUAUUCCAAUGAGUUCGCCGGGCUUCUGUAGCAGACGAAUGAUAGGAAACUACAGUAUGGUUAUCUAUGGGAGUGAUUCGUGUAUUAUCGGUACUAGCCAGAAUACAAGCAGUUCAGGACCGUGCCUCCUCUGUCCACCCGGUACAAUGGACAAUGGUAGUUUCGACACGGAAUGUCAGAAAUGUUCGACAUCUGACUAUUGUUUACGUGGCGCAUUGACGGAACUCACAGCUGCACAUACAUUAAGCUAUGCUCAGACUACUCCGUAUCCUGAAUCGGCGACAUCAACAGAAUUUGACGAUGUGCUGCUACAGAAUAUCUUCAGAUUUAGUGACUGUCUUUUUCAAUCGCCUCUCCUGUGGAUAUCGAUUGUAGUUCUUGUCAGUUGUCUAUGUUGCUUAUUCAUUGGUUUCUUAAUCUACAAAUCGAAGUGCCUUCGAUGCAAUAUAUUGACAAGAAAGUUAUGUGUACGUUUCGAUCUGAUUGGAGAAGGCAAAUAUUGGAUGGGUGGUUUUCUUUCGCUACCCAUUCUAGUUCUCAUCAUCUUUGCAAUUAGAUUCGACCGGUUAUUUGCUAAUCUUUAUCCAAUCGAGAGCAUUUCCAAUGACAAUGCUUGUGAUCCAUCACUUCUCAAUGCAAAAUUUACCAGUACUCUACAAUUACUCUCCAUUCAUCGACAUCCGGACGAGCAAAUUCUUUUCGAUAUGCUUGACGACGAACAAACUAUCACACUUAUUCUUCAUUUUCUUGCCACGGGAUUUACUUGUAGUCAUUUAACAGUCCAAUACAAUACAAAUGAGAAUGAAAAUGUGUUUUCGAAUGAUUACAUUUGCUCUUAUAAUAGAACGAAUGGAAUAAUUACUGUAUCGCUUCAUGUUUUACCAUCGCUUCUUACUUUACAAUUUCAUUUACAAGGUCCUUAUUUUAUUGGCGGACUUCGUAUAUGUUUCUCCGGCUCAUCAGUAACCAAAGAUAAUAGAAAAUAUGUUGUAGAGAAUCUUGAUAUUUGCCAGUUUUAUCAUACUCCUAAUGAAACCUUGACGGCAAAUCCAACUCUGAAUGUUGAAAUGAUCAAAACAAUUAAUCGUACAGAAGUAUUUUCCAAUAGUGGAGAAAUCAUGUUCAAUGGACGAUGGUUACCGAUGAUGACAAUGCGCAUGCUCUCGGAUAGUAUUCUAUAUCGUCAGCGUGAAGAAAAGUUACGUUAUUUAUCCUCGCAAACAACGUUAACUAUUCAAAUAAUGGAAUCCAAGUUUUAUAUUAAGAAUACUCAGGAACCGAUUGCGAGACAAUCUGAAAUUAUUUUCAAGACAUUGCUUUUUGCGAGUAAGUUUAUUGUCUUCAGUGAAAAUAAGAACAUACGUUCUGUUAUUCUUAGCAUUGUGCCUCGAGCUUGCUGCUUUAGCUUUUCUGAUCGUCAAACUUGUCAUUAUGCCCUUCGUACGUCUUAUUCAACACCGAAUUGA